AUGCCUAGUGCUAUCAAGCCAAUCGUACUCCACAUAGGAGACCCUAUACAGUAUAAUCCAGAGCGAUACAGGGCGUUGGAAGAGAUCGCUACAAUUAUCAGGCCAACCAUAGAAGAGAGGCAGAGGGACGCCUUCUUGAAGGCCCUGAAGGAACAGCAAUGGGGCAAUUUCUCAGCGAUCCUGCGACCCUUUUGGAACUCAGGCGGUGAGAUGGGCCGUUGGGACAAAGAGCUCAUCUCUCUCCUGCCUUCCUCCGUCAAAGUCUUUGCCUCCGCAGGUGCUGGAUAUGACUGGGCAGAUGUUGGUAUCUUGGCUGGAAAAGGAAUCUUGUAUUGCAAUGGAGCAUCAGCAUCGUCAGAAGCUGUGGCAGACAUGGCGCUUUACCACAUUAUAUCAGUGUUCCGCAACAUGCAAUGGACCAAUACGGCAGCACGUAGUGGUAACGCAGACCAGUUCCUUGAUGCACACCGGCAUAAUAGCGAGACAGCACACAACCCUGCAGGGCACACACUCGGCAUCAUUGGCCUCGGAAACAUCGGCUAUCGCAUUGCACAGAAGGCAUUUGCCGCCUUUGGCAUGGAGAUAGCAUAUGUCGAUCCUAUCCUCAAGCAAGCGGAGCAGGAAGCCACUGUCAAAGCAGUGAGAUACCCAGACCUGGACUCCAUGCUCGCUGUCGCAGAUUGUGUGGUUAUUUCCGCCCCUGGAGACGCAGAAGGCGGCAAGACCCUUAUGGAUGCCUCACGCCUAGCGAAGAUGAAAGAAGGAUCUCGAUUGGUCAAUGUUGGGCGUGGAAACCUGGUAGAUGAGGAGGCAUUGGCUGAUGCGCUAGAGUCAGGGCAUCUUUUCGCUGCUGGACUCGAUGUACACUCGAACGAGCCUCACAUCAACAAGCGUCUGAUCUCCAUGAGAGAUGUAAGUCUGACAUGUCACACCGCUGGUGGAGCUGUUGAGACGAGAAUCGGCUUUGAGGAUUUGGCUAUCCGAAACGUCAUUGAAGUACUACUAGGGAAGGAACCUUUGACGGCGGUGAACAAACAUUUACUUGGGUAG